UUGACGGUGACUAUUACGGCCGCUGCCGCCCAGAGGCACCACCUCACCUCUCCCCUUCCACUUCGCUAGCCCGCUUGGCUUCUCAGAGCCUGGAGGAAAAAAGGAAGGUGGGAGAGGCAGCAGAGGCGAGGCGAGGGAGCGAGCGAGCGAGCGCCCGAAUCCCCAAAAUCGCAGCGCGAGAAUAAACAAAACCGAAGCGGCAGCGGGAGCAGCAGCAUCGGCGGAUACAAUAAGCAAGGGGAGCAGCAGCCACGGGCAGGAGAGGAGAGUGCGCAGGCGUGCGGGAGGGAGGAGGGGGGAAGAAGAAAAUCGCCUGCCUGCCGCCGCGGUGGUGGGUUGGUGGGUGCCGCCUCCUCCUGCUGCUGCUGCUGUUCCCCCAUUACCUCGCCCCGCUUCGCAUGGAUUCCCCCUCGCUUCUCCCCCACUCCACCCGCCGAUCCACCGGCCGGGGCAGCGCGAGGCGAUGCAAUUGAGGUGAGGUGAGACCGCCGCUUCUUCCGUCGUCGUCGCGUGGGUUUUUUUUUUCUCUCUUUGGUGCUGGGGGAUACAACAACCUGGCGGCCGCGCUGCCGCUGGACGACGCCAUCGCGCGCCUGCACGGCGUCUUGGGGUGGACGAGGCCCAGCAGCCGCGGCGGCGGCGGUGGGAGGAAGAGGUGGCCGCGCGGGGGAAAGGGGAGCGCCAUGCUGUGGGCGGCGCGGGUGUCCGGGUUCUUCUCCGCCGCCAUGGUGAUGGUGGUGCUGUCCCCGUCGCUGCAGUCCUUCCCGCCCGCCGAGGCCAUCCGGUCGUCGCAGUUUGACAGCCACGUCCGCUUCCCUGGCCAGAUCGCGGGGGGCGCCAGGGGCCUCGCCUUCCGUCGCGCCCCCGCGUUCCGCAAUGCCGCUGACUGCGGCAACGCCACCGGCAAUGUCUGCGACCCAUCGCUCGUCCACAUCGCGAUUACGCUGGACGAGGAGUACCUCAGGGGCUCCGUCGCCGCGGUCCACUCCGUCGUGCAGCACGCCACGUGCCCCGAGAGCGUCUUCUUCCACUUCCUCGUCUCCGACCCGGCGCUCGGCGACCUCGUCCGCGCCGUGUUCCCGCAGCUCCAGUUCAAGGUCUACUACUUCGACCCCGACCGCGUCCGCGGCCUCAUCUCCACGUCGGUGAGGCAGGCCCUGGAGCAGCCGCUCAACUACGCCCGCAACUAUCUGGCCGAUCUCCUCGAGCCCUGCGUGCGCCGGGUCAUCUACCUCGACUCCGACCUCGUCGUCGUCGACGAUGUCGCCAAGCUCUGGCGCACCGACCUCGGCGGCCGCACCGUCGGCGCGCCGGAGUACUGCCACGCGAACUUCACCAAGUACUUCACCGACAGGUUCUGGUCGGACAAGCAGUUCGCCGGGACGUUCGCGGGGCGCCGGCCGUGCUACUUCAACACGGGCGUCAUGGUGCUCGACCUCGCCAGGUGGCGGCGGACGGGCUACACGCGGCGCAUCGAGCGGUGGAUGGAGAUACAGAAGUCGCCGGCGGGGCGCAUCUACGAGCUCGGGUCGUUGCCGCCCUUCCUGCUGGUGUUCGCGGGGCACGUGGCGCCGAUCGAGCACCGGUGGAACCAGCACGGCCUCGGCGGCGACAACGUGUUCGGCAGCUGCCGCGACCUCCACCCGGGGCCGGUGAGCCUGCUGCAUUGGUCCGGAUCCGGCAAGCCGUGGGCGCGGCUCGGCGCCGGGCGGCCGUGCCCGCUCGACGCGCUCUGGGCGCCGUUCGACCUGUACGGCCCGGCCGACUCCGCCGCGGAAGGGUCCCGGUAACCGCAACACUAAAGAUGAUUCUUUUCCUUCUUUCGCCGACCCCGUACAAAUUUCUGAGUUCUCAAUUCUUCUCCACCAUUACCUGUUCAAACACCUACAUGUUUAUUUUUUCUUCAUUUCUUCUUUCUUUUGUUCUGUUCGAUUAAAUGCCUUGUGUUAGAUUGUUCUUGUUGGUAUUAGUGAUCUCUUCUUCCACUUUUUUUGAUCGUUUUGUUACUAAAAAAAGAGGUCAUUUGUAUCCUACUCUACAGGUUUGGAAGGCUUGCAGCCUCAGCAUCAUCAUAAAUAAAAAGCACAGAAAAAUAGACAUUGCAGCAGCAUGUGUUCUUCUUCAGUCGCUCCUCUUUCUCCCCUCUCAAUCUGUUUGUUGGCUUCAGCUUCAGCUUCACUCUCGCAAUUGAUCCACCCAUCCAUCACCAAGAAGGGUCAGCCGAUCCAAUGCAGCACCGCACACCAUCACUGCCGCCAUUGACAGGUUUUACACUAACAAAGUCUAAGUCGCAAAGACGAUCCUAAAUCGCAAUCGCGGACAAGAGUAACUUGGAAUCCACGUCUUUGUGGCCGUGCACGAACUGACACUAACAAGCAUUUCGACAUUAAGCACUUGCAGGUGAUAAUUAUAGAGGGGGGCGUUGCCGUUAAGCUCUCGAGGAUUAAAGGGGAGGAGGGGAGAGACGGAGAUAGAUGGCCGGUGGGGGCGGCCAACACGGGACCUGUGAGCUACCGCCCAAGAUCAUUUCUUUUUCUGGGGUCCUUUCCGGCGGGGCCUCACCACUUCGGCAC